CUAGAUUUCAACCUAGAUAUCUCUUUGUUACCUAAGGCAAUGUUUUCUUUCUUAGGAAGCUACUUUCUUUUCUUCUCUUCAUUCAUCAUUUUAGUAAUCUUUAUAUGGAUUUCAUCUGAUCUUAAUACCAAGAAAAAAACACCACCCUCACCGCGAAAGUUUCCUAUAAUCGGAAACCUCCAUCAACUCGGUUUGAGCCCCCAUAAUUCUCUCCAGGCCUUGUCCCGAAAACAUGGUCCACUCAUGUUGAUGCACUUUGGAAGUGUACCUGUGCUUGUGGCUUCCUCAGCCGAAGCAGCCCGAGAGAUCAUGAAAACCCACGAUUUAGCAUUCGCUAAUCGGCCGAAGAUGAGUAUUCCCGAUACACUUUUGUAUGGGUCCAAAGACAUUACAUUCUCUCCUUAUGGAGAGUAUUGGAGGCAGGUAAAGAGUAUUGCAGUAGUCCACCUUCUAAAUAGUGCUCGAGUUCAAUCAUACCAACAAAUAAGGGAAGAAGAGAUGGCUCUUACAAUCAACAAGAUUGAAAAUUGUUGUGGUUCUGUAAUUGAUUUGAGUGAGUUUCUAGUUGGGCUUACAAAUAACAUAAUUUGUAAGGUGGCCCUUGGGAGGACAUAUAGUGGGAUGAAGUUCAAGGAUUUAUUGGAUAGGUUCAUGGAAGUUUUGGGAGUUUUUAGCUUUGGAAAUUAUAUUCCUAGGUUGGCUUGGAUUGAUCGAUUAAGCGGUUUAGAGGAUCGAGCACGCAAGGUUGCUCAAGAUUUUGAUGAGUUUCUUGAAGGUGUUGUUGAAGAACACAUGAGUAACAAAAGAGAUGAAGAUAAAGAUCUGGUGGACAUCUUAUUGGAUGUACAAAGAGAUAAUCUAGCCGGCUUUUCUCUUCAAAGGGAUACCAUUAAAGCAAUCAUCUUGGAUAUAUUUGCUGCUGGAACUGAUACCACAUUUACAAGUCUAGAAUGGGCAAUCAGUGAACUAGUAAGACACCCAAGAGUAAUGAAAAAACUACAACAAGAAGUCACAGAAAUAGCCGAAGGAAAACCAAUAAUUCAUGAGAAGGACUUGGAGAAAAUGCAUUAUCUUAAGGCCACCAUCAAAGAGACGUUGCGAUUGCAUACUCCAAUCCCACUACUUAUUCCACGAGAAUCAACACAAGAUGUCAAACUAAUGGGGUACAACAUUCCAUCACGAACACAAGUAAUUAUUAAUGCAUCAGCCAUAGCAAGAGAUCCUACCCUUUGGGAAGAACCAGAUGAAUUUAGACCAGAGAGGUUCUUGAACAGCUCGAUUGAUUUUAAAGGGUUUCACUUUGAGCUUCUUCCAUUUGGUGCCGGACGAAGAGGGUGCCCUGGUAUACAAUUUGCUAUGGUCGUCAACGAGCUUGCAUUAGCAAAUGUCGUGUACAAGUUCAAUUUGGCAUUGCCAAACGGAGUCAAAGAAAAAGAUUUGGAUAUGAGUGAGACGAGUGGUAUUACCGUCCAUAAGAAGUCUCCUUUGCUAGUGAUGGCAACUCCCCGUUUCUAGUAGUUCGCCCAUGGUAUGAAAGUUUCAGUAAUAAAAGAAUAAUAAAAAUAAUAUGAUUCUUGUAAUGGAUGAAAUAGCUUGUGAUACCCAUAUGCUUUGUACCAUUGCUCUACACAUAUAUGUGUUUAUAUAUGUAUAUAUAUAUAUAUAUAUAGUGUCGGGAUCA